AUGGCUGGAAUACUAGUUGACGUUCUGUUAGAGCGUUUGGCUACGCUCGCCCUUGACAAGGUCGAACGCGAGCUGAAGCUGGUGAGAGGGGUUAAGCAAGAAAUCAAAAAUCUCACCAAGAAACUCAAAGCUAUUCGAGCUGUACUGGAGGACGCAGAGCAGAGGCAAGUAAUGGAAGCCAGCGUGAAAGAUUGGCUGAAUGAGCUAAAUGAUGUUUCCGACGACAUGGAUGACGUGCUGGAUGAGUGGAUCACUAGAGUUCUCAUGCAUCAAUUGGAGAAACAAGAAAAACAAGGUGCAAAUGCUCUUGCUACUACUAAGAAGAAGGUAUGCUUUCCCUUUCCUUCCUCUUGCUUUCGCUUCGGCCAAGUCAAUCAGCUAUUUCAUCGUCACGAAAUUGCUGCGAAGAUAAAAGAGCUAAAUGAAAGUUUAGAUUUGAUUGAUCAAAACAAACAAAGUUUUGGCUUUCAUCAAAACACCACUAGGGUCCCCGAACUACCUCAACGACAAAAAACUACUUCUCUUCCCAAUAUUAAAACAUUUGGUCGAGAUAAGGAGAAAAACCUCAUAGUUAGCAAGUUGAUAAGUGAGAGUAGUCAAGAAAAGGAAGUUCCUCUUAUCAUCCCUAUUGUAGGGAUGGGGGGAAUGGGGAAAACAACUCUUGCUCAACUUGUUUAUAAUGAUGAAAAUGUCAAAUCUCAUUUUGACAAGAGAAUAUGGGUCUGUGUCUCGGACCCUUUUGAAGAGAUCAAGAUUGCUCAAGCUAUCAUUGAAGAAAUAGAUAAAGAUAAUAGUUCAAAAAGCUCAAAUGUGUUGCAAACCCUGACGCAAUGUAUAGAUAAAUUGAUUGAGGGUAAAAAGUUUCUCCUAGUUUUAGAUGAUGUUUGGAGCCCAAACUCUGAUCAAUGGGAAGAAUUGAUCAAACCUUUACGUAAUGGUGGUAUAGGAAGUAGGAUAUUGGUGACCACUAGAAAGGAGGAGGUUGUUACUUUAAUGAAAGCAACAACUCAAUUGAUCCAUUUGAAGGAGUUGGGUGAAGCAUUUUGUUUGUCAUUGUUCUAUUACAGUGCAGACAUGGAUGAGAGUAGUGUGUCCACCGAGUUUAAAAAUAUUGGAUCAGAGAUUGUGAAAAGGUGCAAUGGGUUGCCUCUUGCUGCAAAGACAUUAGGAAGCCUCAUGCGUAAUAAGAAAAAGAUUCAUGAAUGGCAAGCUGUUUUAAAGAGUAAGACAUGGGAAUUGAAAGAGAUUCAACAAGAUGUUUUUCGACCACUACUAUUAAGUUAUCAUGAUUUGAGUCCAGCAACCAAACGUUGUCUUUUGUAUUGUGUUACAUUUCCAAAAGAUUAUGUGUACAAUAGGAAUUGUUUGAUUGAGUUGUGGAUGUCGCAAGAUUAUUUGAAUGUCAAAGAAAGUAAAGAAAAGAUAGUGGUUGGUCAAAAUUAUUUUGAUGACUUAGUAAUGCGGUCAUUUUUUCAAGAUAUUGAGGAUGUUCAGUUUGAGUAUGGAAACAUAAAAUGCAAAAUUCAUGAUAUUGUACAUGACUUUCUACAAUAUUUGACAGAAAAUGAAUGUUUGAUUUUGGAUUUUGAGUUGGAUGCUAGUAAGAGAAGAGAUGUGUCAAAGGAUAAAGUUCAUCAUUUGACCUUAGUGCAUGCAACCGAGGGUGAUUCUCUGCAAACUUUUCUCCCUAAUUAUAAAAAAUUACGUACCUUGAUAGCUAUACAAUCAUCCGAAUAUUCCAUUGGUCCAAUAUUUGAGUUGAUAGUACAAUUGAAAUGCCUUAGAACAUUAGACUUGCGUGGUUGGCGGGGGAAGGGUUGUCUCAAAGAAAUUCCCGAGACGAUAGGUGGAUUGAUACAUUUGAGGUAUCUCGAUUUAUCUGAGAAUUUGGGGUUGGAGGAAUUACCCAGCGCCCUGGGCAGCUUAUACAACCUGCAAACCUUGCGACUUGUUCGUUGCGUGAAUCUGAAAAAAGUAGAUGUCCGAAGGCUGAUUAACUUGAGGCAUCUUUAUGUUGAAGGCUGUUGGGAGCUAAAGUUAAUUGAAGGGAUUGAGAAAUUAACAGAUCUGCAAAGGCUAGAUCAGUUUGUUGUCCCAAUUAUCGGUGGUGAUGAAGGAAACAAGUUGGAACAUCUGAAAGACUUGAACCAGCUUCAAGGGAGUCUUGCUAUUCGUAUUCUGGGAAAUCCAAAUAUGGCGGAGAAUGCAGCAGCAAUCAUGGUGAAUAAGGCUCACCUCCUGGAAUUGAGACUAGAGUUUUACUCGGUUGAUGAAGGAAAGCAUGGAGAAAUUAUGAAUGGCUUAGAGCCGCAUCCAGAUUUGGAAUCUUUAUACAUCUGGUUUUAUAAAGGUGGCGCCUUCUCCCGUUGGUUGUCGUAUUUACACAGCUUGAGAAUGCUCAUCCUUGAGACUUGCACGAAAUGUGGGGUUUUGCCUCCUUUAGGGAAACUGGCGUCCCUUGAAUCAUUGCAUAUUGUGCAACUCCAUGGAGUCUUAAAGGUAGGAGUUGAGUUUUUGGGAAUAGAUGAUGGGCAAACCUCCUCAUGGUCUUCCAUUUUCAUAUCAUUCCCCAAGCUUAAACAACUCGGCUUCUACAACAUGGGGCCAUGGGAAGAGUGGAAAAGGAAUAGGUGA